GAUAGCCAGAUCUGGACAAUGUGGUAACGUAUCAGGAAUGGAGAAAUCAUGACUUUGUUUCUCUUUCCCUCUUUCCUCUCUAAGCCGUUUAUGAUGGCCCUUAGCAAUUCCAGCUGGAGGCUGCCCCAGCCUUCUUUUUUCCUGGUAGGUAUUCUGGGUUUAGAGGAAAGCCAGCACUGGAUAGCAUUGCCCUUGGGUGCCCUUUACCUCCUUGCUCUAGUGGGCAAUGUCACCAUUCUCUUCAUUAUCUGGACUGACCCAUCCUUGCACCAACCUAUGUACCUCUUCCUGGCCAUGCUAGCUGCCAUAGACCUGGUUCUGGCCUCUUCCACUGCACCCAAAGCCUUUGCAGUGCUCCUGGUUCAUGCCUAUGAGAUUGGGUACAUUGUCUGUCUGGUCCAGAUGUUCUUCAUCCAUGCAUUCUCCUCCAUGGAGUCAGGGGUACUUGUGGCCAUGGCCCUGGAUCGCUAUGUAGCCAUUUGUCACCCUCUGCACCAUUCCAUCAUCCUGCAUCCAGGGGCCAUCAGGUGCAUUGGAGUGGCAGUGCUGCUGCGGGGAUUACUCCUCCUCCUCCCCUUCCCCUUCCUGUUGCGAAGACUUACGUUCUGCCGGGCCACUAUCAUAGGCCAUGCCUAUUGUGAACAUAUGGCUGUGGUGAAACUGGCCUGCUCAGAAACCACAGUGAACCGGGCUUAUGGACUGGCUGUGGCACUGCUUGUGGUUGGGAUAGACAUCCUGGCCAUUGGUAUUUCCUAUGCCCACAUCCUCCAGGCAGUGCUGAAGGUACCAGGGGGUGAGGCCCGACUUAAGGCCUUUAGCACAUGCGGAUCACAUGUUUGUGUCAUCCUGGUUUUUUAUGUCCCUGGAAUGUUCUCCUUCCUUACUCACCGCUUUGGCCACCAUGUACCCCAUCACAUCCAUGUUCUUCUGGCCACACUCUAUCUCCUUUUGCCACCUGCACUUAAUCCUCUUGUCUAUGGGGUGAAGACUCAACAGAUCCGCCAGAGAGUACUUAGGGUGUUCUACACAAAAGGAUUGAUCUGAACACAUCCUAAUUAUUUUCUUCAGAGGCUCCUGC